GGACACCCCGUACAACGACAGACCCGAAAUGCGCAGAAAUCAGCUGUGGGGCAGUCGCAGGAUACAGCAGGCGGGCUUCAAGCCGGUCGGCCAGGAGAAGGUGUGGACGGACGGCCGCAAGCUGGCCUCGCCGGGCAUCAGCGUGGCCAUCAAGGACCCGGCCGUGCUUGCCUCCGAGCCCCUCCAGCUCGCCGUGGACCGUUUCGGCAAGAGCGUCAGGGCGGAGGGCGAGGCCGACGUCAGGAUGGUGCCGUGGUCCAGUCUGGACGCCGCGGGCCCACAGACGGCCCGCGCGCCCCACAGCUGGGAGGAGUUCGAGGCCAGGUACCGCAACAUGGACGCGCAGAUGUGGAAGGCGUACCACCCCGAUAAGAGGUACAUGGAGGUUUUCGAGAAGUUCUUCGCGAACAGGGAGCUCCAGGACACCCAACGCGUGGUCCAGACGUUCUCUUGGGCGGGCGAGGAGGGCUCGGAGCUGCGAGGAGGGAGGCCCGCAGCCAUCAUGCUCAUCGGUGUCGAGGAGCUGUCCCUGCGGAGCCGCCAGCUGGCUGGGCGGGCCGUCGUCGAGGCCGCUCCAUCGGCUCUGUUGGUGCAGCUUUGCCGGGAGCGCGCUGGGCGGCACCUGGUGAUGCCCGAGGACCACAUGAGGGCCGCGGCCGAUUACCAGCGGGGUUACGCCGCCGGGAACCCGCGGGGUCUCAGGGACUGGAACUUUAAGGAUGCUCAGGUUAAGGGCGACCGGGAGGCCCUAGAGGAGUGGUACAGCAAUAUCGCUUACGGAGUCGCUGCUAACGAGUUCGCCAAGCUUCCGAGCACUGGGCCGGUGGCCAAGACUCUGUGCCUGGGGGACGUCUUGUCCUCGAGGCUGGAGGCGCUGAGGCGGCAGAGAGAGGAGACCGGGUCGACGGUUUUAGAGGACCCUGCCGCAGUGUCCGCCCGCAGCAGGCAGCUCGUCCGUGGGCUCAUGGCGUUGGCCCACAUGGGGCACCAGACAGUUCUCGGCGUGGUGAACGUGAAGCUGAUGCCCUCCAUGGUGACCUGGCUGGAGCGGGCGGGCGCCAGGCUGGAGGCGGUCGCAGACGCCACCGACAUCGAGGCUGGUCGGGAGACCAUCGCCGGCGACAUCCGGCUCGCUACAGACAGCAAGGCAGGGAGGAAGAAUGCCCUCCCUGCGUCCAUGUCGCUCGGCUUCGGCAGGUCACGCCUGGGCGACUUUCUGAACCAGCGGGGGAUGGACGCGAUCCAGAGGAGGCAGGAGUUGCUGAAGAGGGUCACCCGCGUGAAGGACCUCGUCAAGCACGUGAAGCCGCUGAAGAACUUGCAAGUUGCCCAGCUGAUAGGCGGAGAGGGCGACGCGACUCCCGGCCCCAUGGCCAUGAUCGAGAAGAGGCCCGUCGGUAUGCGUUUCGAGCACGACAUGCUGAUGAUUCCGGACUCGUACCUGCGGGACGCAGGCAUUGGGGCGCACGGCCGCGCGCUGUGGCAGCAGCUCGAGCGCAGCGGGGGCGCGCUGACCACCAAGGACACGAUGGAAUUGGACCUGUGGUUCGCCACCCCGGGCGGAGCUCAGGCCUGGGGCGCGGGUGCGUCGGUCUGGAGCGACGACUUGUCGUUGCAGCUUGAUCCAUCUGCGCCGUCCGACUCGGCGUCCAAGGACCCGGCGUCUCGAAGUGGGUACAUCUCUUUCGACGACCUGACAUUCCCAGAGGGAUCCCCGUUCUCCGACCCGUCUGGCGAGGCGUGGAGAUGA